AUGUUGUGGUGAAAUCAUGAAAUUCCAUUAAAAAUUUAACCAUCAUCUAUAUGGUGGUGAGUAGUGCAGUACCAAAAUUGUUUAUCAAAAUUUUUUUAUCAAAUAAAAAUGUAAAUUUGAUCAUUUCAAGCCAAUAAUUUGUCACAAAGGUUGUAUUUCCUUUUACCGUGCUUGUUGGGUUAGUUGCAUUUUAUUAUUUGCAUUAAGUACUGUCUUUAGUAUCCACACUCCUAAAAAUAAAGGUUUUUAUUGGCAUUGAUGGUUCAAUGUAGAACCUUUUAACAUCCAUUUCACAAGGUUUUUAAUAUUGAAAAAAAUACUCUUUUAAGAACUGUUCACCAAAAUGUUCUUUAGGGGACAAAAAAUGGUUCUUCUAUGGCAUCCCUGUAAAACUCCCCCUUUUGAAACCUUUAAUUUUAAGAGUGCACAACAGAUCAGACUUCUGACCCACCAGUUGAGAAUUCAGAUAGCUGGCUAAAUGUGUGUUUGUGUGACUGAAUGUGUGUUUGACAACUUUUCAGUCAGCUGUUUAAACUUUGGAGGAGGUCUUCUAUGAUCUGGACUGUCCCGCUGUCCUUUAUUUCUCUGUCCCUCUCACUGACACUAGCAAAAGUGAGGGUUCUCUUACACAUUUGCCACACACUUCUUUUGUUUUCUUACCAUCCCUUCGCCUCCGCGUCACUUUCUGUGUUUACAGCCGCACACAUUCUUUUCUCCUCCUUCCGGAGCACUUACGCCAAUUUCUGGCUUGACAUAAUCUGAAAUGGUGCUUAAGUGAAUUUAUGUUGUGCUCAGUGCAUUAACUUCUGCCGUUUUUGCCUUUAUGUUACGGAGAGCUUUUGUGCGAGCCCGCGGAAGAAAGAGAGAGAGAAUGAGAAUUUGAAACCCAGACCACGGACUAGACGGCCUAUCAGUAUUCAGCGGAGAAAGUGAGUGAUGGAGAGAGAGAGAAACGGAGGAAAGAAAGGAGGAGGGGGUGAUGUAUCAAUAUUCUGAGUAGUGUUUGAGGGCAAGAAGAACGAACCGGGGAGGGGUGGGAGAGGGGCGCGGGUGCGCGAAACAGUCCGAGCGGGUUUAUUCGCUCAAUGUUUGUUAGUGCGAGAGCCCGUUGGGGCGAGAUGAUAUCGGUAGAGCAGUUACGCUGAGGACGGAAACUCAAGUAUGUGUUUGUCUGAGAGAAGUGUUGUUCAAGUCGAAUGUGACGGAAUCUUAGCCGAACGCUAGCCAUAACUCCACUCUCCCUCUCUCUUUUUUACUCUGUGUGCUAAUCAGCAUUUGAAAGGCAGCUUUGACAGUGAGAAAGAAAAGUGAGGGCAGCGGGGAGGAGGGAGUGUAAACGAGAAAGAAACGAGAGAGAGAGAGAGAGUGAAAGAGAGAGAGAGGUAGGGGCCGUACAAGCAUUUCUUUUAUAUUUACUAGCGAUUGAGGAGAGAGAGAGAGAGAGGGGGAGCGGGUGAAGAGACGACCGGUGCGUGCAGCUUUCCCAAGAGGAAAUGAAAAGAAAAGAAGCUCAACGAGGAAAGAGAGAGAGCCAAAGCGGGGAGCACGCCAGAGAAGGAAACAGACUCGCAUCCUCUAACUCCAGUCAUAUCUGAGGCGAUCCCGGUUGGAAAGUGAGGGAGGAGAGAGAGCGCGGUCGCUGCCGCCGUGCGCUCUCAAACACACACACACACACACGCUCUUGCGGCAGCAGACCGCUGUGUGUUCGCCUGCUCUUUUGUGCCAGCAGCUGGGAUUGUUCUUGGCCCCGUCUGACCCCCUUGUCACCCCCCGUGUGAGUGUUUGUAUGUGUGUGUGGGAGUGCGAGGGGUCCUGGAACGUGGACUGAGCGGAGGGGAGGGUCACGGUUCGGGUGUCCGGACGGGUCGGAAGAAGAAGAGGAGGAGGGAUACGAGUGCCUUCGAAACAGCUGCUCAGAGGUGGACAUGCACAUCAGCUCUUCUGUUGGUGGUCUCGGACUGACAUAGCCUCGGCCAAUCACAGCCUGAGUUAGAGGUGGCGGCCCCUAGGGGGCGUGAUGGCGGCCAUGCCGUUCGUCAGCGAGGGGAAGUGUGUGAGUGUGGAGUGGGACUUCUUACAGGGGCUCCUUGCCAAACCACCCACCUUACCUUGCUUGCAGAACUUGAGGAAGGAGAAGUCGCGCAAUGCAGCUCGUUCUCGGCGGGGUAAAGAGAACUUUGAGUUCUUCGAGCUGGCGAAGAUGCUUCCCCUCCCCGGGGCAAUUACCAGCCAGCUGGACAAGGCCUCCAUCAUCCGCCUCACCAUCAGUUACCUGCAUAUGAGACACUUUGCCAGCCAGGGAGACCCACCCUGGAGCCCUCUACUGGAGGGAGAGAACAACUGCAACAAGGUGCGAAGAACAAGUCAUUCGUUGGUCACUGACAUAUUUGAACAGCACCUGGGAGCUCAUCUGCUGCAGUCUCUGGAUGGAUUCGUGUUCGUGGUCAGUCAAGAAGGCAGAUUUCUGUAUAUCUCAGAGACUGUGUCCAUCUACCUUGGCCUUUCACAGGUUGAGUUGACUGGCAGUAGCGUGUUCGAUUACAUCCACCCUGCGGAUCAUGUUGAGAUGGCAGAGCGUCUUGGCAUUCGGCCACACCUCCGGGCGGAGGCAGGCUGUCAAAUGUCCCAUGAGAGUGCUUCAAGCUCCGCCUCUGCAUCCUCACUGGCUGGCACCCCUGAACCAGCACCAUCCAGCCCCUGUUCUCCAGUCAGUGAGUUGUCAGAACGUGGCUUCUUCAUCCGGAUGAAAUCCACCCUCACCAAGCGUGGCCUCCACGUUAAAUCCUCUGGCUAUAAAGUGAUUCAUGUGACAGGUCGGAUACGGUGUCGGCCAGCCCUGGUGCCAGGCUCCUCCCGCCCCUUGCAUCGGCCAAUGGGAUUGGUUGCUCUGGCUCACACGCUUCCGCCCUCCACACUCAAUGAGGUGCGCAUGGAAAGUAACAUGUUUGUCUUCCGCGUCAACAUGGACCUGCAGAUCACCUACUGUGAAAACAGGAUUUCGGAGUAUAUGGACCUGAGCCCAGCUGAGGUGGUUGGACAAACCUGCUACCAUUUUAUCCAUGCAGAAGACCUGGACACCGUCAGGCAGAGCCAUGAAGACUUGCUGCGGAAAGGGCAGGUUGUGACGGGGUAUUAUAGGUGGCUGCAGAGGAGAGGAGGGUAUCUGUGGAUUCAGUCCUGUGCCACCGUGUCCAUUAACCACAAAGCGCCCCAUGAGCGUAACGUCAUCUGGGUCAACUAUGUGCUCAGUCGACCAGAGCUGCCAGACAUGCCUCUGGACUUAUUACAACUCCCAGAAAGCCUGAGGGCAGAGCGGCUUCAAGCAAGCUCCUCCCCACGUGACACCUCUCCAAAGGCACAAGGCUCCACGGCGACACAGCCAUUGAAAGGCAGGUCUGAGACGGACCACAAAGGGAAGGAACCCUUUUCACACACUGCUGCCAGCCAAUCAGAGGGCACCAGGAAGAGAUCGCACCAGUCUGACGCUGAAAGUGGCCCUCACGAGGCGAGGAGGCGGAUUGAGGUGUUCCGUCAGAGAGAUGACAGCCCAUGUACCUCCUCGGACCAAGCCAGCGACAGCGAGGUGGAAGAGGACGAUGAGAGAGAGAGCGUGUGGGACCACAACCCCACCAGCAAACGGGUGAAGAGCGAAGAGGGGGCACUGAAACAAGGCAAUGGGGCCAAUGGAGCAGGUAAGAUCCACAACGGCCGCGCUGUGAUCCAGCAUCUUAAGAGCGUGGUGACCAGUUCCGGGUCGAAUAUUAAGACUGAACAAGAAGUGAUAGGAACUGUAGGUGUAGGUUCUGGGAGGCGCUGGAGCCAACCUCAGCCCGGCAGUGUAGGAACCAAUGGCAGCAGUCCACCUUCCCAACCUCCAAACUCCACCCCGACAGAAGCUCCACCCAAGGGUCUGUUCAACCCACCAUCCCCAACUCUGUCUCCACCCAUCUCAGCCUCGUCCCUGCCCAGAGAUGACAGGUCCAUCCACGGAGGGCGCGCUCCAGACUUCGAGCUACUGCAGAGACUGACUGCGAGUGGGGCUGCGGGACGUGUGCUCUUUCACCCCCUGGCUCUUGGCCCACAGGGGCCUCAGAGUCUUUACGCUCCCAGCACCAUUCGCUACGCCCCACCUGAGAUGCCUACAGCUCACUCUGAUGGGCACCGUUCAGACCACGUGGCCAAAACCCCCACUUUCUUUCCUCACCUGCAAAGGAUCGCAUCUCUGCCUCCUUUUAGUGGCUUUUCUCCAGCCGAACCCACCUUUCCUCCAACUCUGCCCUUCUGUAUGAACGGACUGAGGGGGGCGGCAGGGACAGACGAGGAUUGAGGGAGAAAGACAGAAAAAAAAAUGUAAAGGAGAGGUGGAAGAGAUUGUAAAGGACAGGGCACAACGUUGAGAGAGGAACUUGAGGUUUGUUAAACAGUCUUCCCAGAAUCCUCUCCAGACUUUUCUCUGUUAAUUUGUUAGUGUGUCUUCCUCUCUCUGGACAAGCAGUCAAAGCCAUACUGAACAUAUGAAGGACUUCAUGCAACUUACACAGAGGGGCCAACAUUGAGGUCUGAACCAUUGGGAAUAUACAGAGCCAUCAUUGGAUAGGAGACUCUUUGAUGAGGGGUGCGUACUAAGGUCCUGUUUGACCCCCGGGAGAUGAGCCCACCUAUAAUUUUUUCCCAAUAGUCCCAAUGAAUAUAAGAAACCACACAGGAAUAUGCAAGUAUGGACAGAAGGUGUAUGGCGGAAGUUGCCAAAUAAGACAUUCCUAAGGAAACGAUACAUAAGAAAGCACAGUCCACAGGUCCCUGACUGACAGAGGGAUCAUACUGAAAAUGAACAGUGUAGAAUUUUCAUUUUUGUAAAAAAAAUUAUUGUCUUUAAACAUCUAAAAAGAAUCACUUGAAAAAUGAUUAAUUCAAGGUCAUAGCCAUAUAUAGACAACACUGAAUUGAGAGACUUCACACGUGCAAAGGCCCCAAAAAUGUUUUUUCUUUACCCACAAGUCAUAAGCAAAUAUCAUGGACUAUCUUCCUAUAAGAAAUUUGGAGGGUUUGGGGAGGUGGUGGGCGGGGUGGGUAUGGUUAAGUGUGUCUGUUUGUCAUGUAUCAUGUCCAAGCACUUAUAGUAUAUUGUUGCAUACACGUAGCACUUCAUCCAUGGCCAGACAUUCUAGUUCUCUUACUGUAUAAAACCACAGGAAUUACGUUUACAGCAGAAAUGUGAAGAUUAUAGAAACCGAAGUGUGGAGAACACUGCCUGUUAUAUAAAGGUGUAAUGUUUUAUUUUAAAAAAUAAAAUGCUCAUUGGAAGAAUAUCACACACCCUGUUAAGCCCAAGUCAUAUUUCACUCAAAAAUCCAAAGAUAUAAAUAAAUUAUAUUUUGCUUGUCCAAUCCUGCUCCUGGAGGGCCACUGUCCUGCAGAGUUCAGCUGCAACCCUAAUUAAACACUAAUCAAGGUCUUACUAUAGGCUAGAAACCUCCAAGCAGGUGUGUUGAGGCAAGUUGGAGCUGAACUCUGCAGUGGCCCUCCAAGACCGAGUUUAGACAGCACUGCCUUACGGGACUGUGCCCAAUUUUCAUUAAAAUAAUACCGCAAGGAACAUGUCCCUGAAAAUAAGCUUCAUAAAAUAUGCUCAUUUUCUUUAAGCAAAAUAUAAUUUCAUUUUUUGUCUUUUGAUUUUGGGGUUAAAUGUGGCCUGGACAUUGUAGGAUUCACCCCUCUAUGUAAAGCUGAGGCACAGGAGCUCUGUUCCAAAAUCUAGAGAGGUGCCUAUCAUUGUAAUGCAUCUUACGGGCUCCUGACAUGAGGCUGUUCCAUAGACAGUAAAACUGACAUACCUCAUUUUGACCUGAUUCAAAGAUAGUAUCUUAUUUCAUUGUGGAUCCCAGAAUGCAUUGCAGCAAUAUUUGUGUAUACAGUACUAUGUAUUCUUUGUGCUCAUUUUUAAAGGUGCAGUAUGUAAUAUUGACAGCUAGCAGUUGAAAUGGGUACUGCAGUCCAAAUUCAAAAUAUUGGAGAGAGUUGUUUCCCCGCCCUCUCCUCCUCAAUCUGGCAACCCGAGUGAGCGUCAAGUCUGAGGACUCGCAACAGCUUAAGUCGUUUUACGCCUGUCAUUUACACUAUGCCUCCAUUUUCGAACAUCGAAAACAGAGAUUUUUGAAAACGCUGCAGGGCCUGUUUUAGUUUGAAAACGCCAAGGUUGCGUUUCAGUGUAAACAGACCAAAACGGAGACUUUUGAAAAUGAUGCCGUGGCUGUCCACGUUCGUAUCCUUGACGACCGUGUAAACAAUAACAUGGAGACUGAACUGCAAUCUUUGCUGGCUUUGUUGUCAUUUUAGCAGCCAUUGUGCAGUUAAACUGUACAUUUUUUUAAUAUGCAGCUGCCUACAUGCGCAAGAGGAAACUGUUUACACUUGUACGCGCAUGCCCAGUGUGUAUGAACAGUCAUGUGAUAUGCGUUUUCGGUCGUGUAGUGUAGACGGAGAUAGUUUCUGAAACGCUGUGGAAGCGCCAGUGUAGAAACACUGUUUUAAAACAAAAACGCACUGGUGUAAAUGGGGCCUUACACAAGAUGAUGAGUUGAUUUAUCCGUGUGUUAAUAUGCUCCCAUUCAUAGAGAUUUUUAGAUGGAUGCCGAGGCUUUUUCGGUCAGGUAGAAUCUGCGAUCUCUGACCCAGUUCGUUUGCUGACUUCUCUGGCUGCAAUACGCUGUUGGCAACCCAGGGUGUCAAAAUACUAUUGGGUAAAAUGGCAGUGGGCGGGAUCACCCGGACUAAAACAAAAACAGACUUUCCAACGCAGAUUUUAAAAUAGAAUAACUGGCCAUAGCAAUGUAUAUGAAACAUGUAUGUGAACUUAGCAUGUUUCCUAAAUCUCUGCAAACAUAUUAUGGUAUUUUUAUGCUUUAGUACAGUCAAAAAAUUACAUACAGCACCUUUAAAGUACUGUUAGCAACAUGCAAACAUCAAAUUAUUGGAAGAAUUUUCUUUAUUGUACUUUCUGUCUGUGUAGACCACAGAUGGCGAGGCAGCUCGCAAGAUUAUAGAACAGAGUCAGGGUGUAAAAUAAGGUUUAUGUACUAUACAGACAUAAUUAAUAUUAUAUCCUAAUUGUUUUUAAAACCCUGAAAUUAAACAUGCCUAUUAUGAGUUUGUAAAGUACCAAAUCUAUGUCUAGUUCUGCAAAAACAUAGCUAAAGAUACAGAGCUAGCUUUCUCAGAUGUCAAAAUUAAGGUUUGUACCUUUCAUGAAACAGUAUAGGUACCUUUCACAAGAAUGAAUAGAUAACAAAUUUCAGAUUGCAAUCACUAAAAUAGUUUUAUGAAGAAAAAAUACGGAUGUUGUAAGUGCACCACAAAAACAAUAUCAAGUUCUGGUAACUGAAUAAACCACAAUGAAGAUAACAGGAUGUGGUUUAAGCAGUAACUAAUUACAAUAGGACAGAUACAAGCUUCACCAUGUGAACAUUUUCUUGGUUUUUCAAUUUUUCGUGUAUGCGGGUUUCUCUGCCCAUGCAGUAUUACCAGAUAUGAUGGUUUUCAGUAGCACUAAAUGAUAUGAGAUGUUUUUUAUUUGUAUUUGUGAUUGAGUAUGAAUGUGUAAAUAGUUGAGAGAGAGAAUCAGUCUUGAAACAUCAGCACAUGAGUUGGUGUUCCCUUAACCUUUGCCAUCACUGUGACUCUAACUUCUUUAUGAUGAGAUGUUUGUGAAAAUACAGCGCCAUGAGCAUUGAAUGAAAAUGAUACACUGUAAAAAUGAUUAUUAUGAUAAUCCAAACCACAAUAAUAAACUCUAUUCCAAUAAUG